AUGGCCGACUCAACCCUCCCCCACCGUCCAAAGCCUGAGGAGGGCCCCGAGGCUGCCGCCGCUUCCACUGGGGAUGGUGCAGCUCCCCCCAGCAAAGGUGCGCUGAAGAAAGCGGCCAAGGAGAAGGCCAAGGCAGAGAAAGCUGCUGCACGGGCUGCCCAGGAGCAGGCGCAAAAGGCUAUCCAAGCUGUCGACACUGCGGUUGGAUUGUACGGCAAAUUGCCGCAGACCGAAGAUUCCGUGUCUCCAGUCCAGUUCUUGCAACUCGGAGAGGAACAUUACGAGAAGGAAGUCACCGUUGUCGCUCGCGUGGAGAACACCAGAUCACAGAGCGCCAAACUCGGUUUCCUCAUGCUCCGGCAACAAGGAAAGAAGCUUCAAACCGUCAUCGCAGCGCCACCAGAGGGUCCUGUUUCGAGACAAAUGGUCAAAUGGACUGCUACUCUCAAUGUCAACUCCAUUGUUCAGGUCACCGGCAUUGCGAAAAAGCCAGCUGUCCCCAUCGCGUCUGCACACCUAUCUGAGCUCGAGCUGCAAAUCAAGAAGAUCUACCUGAUCUCCCAAUCAGUGGAAACGCUCCCCAUGCAAGUCAAGGAUGCUGAACGGCCUCCGCCCCUUGGCGAUAUUGUCGAAGGUGAACCCGAAGUUGACGCUGAAGGUGCCCCGAUCGUCACACUCAAGACUCGUUUGGACAACCGUGCCAUCGAUCUCCAGACCGAGACUAAUCAGGCCAUUACGUGGAUAUCCAGUGGAGUCGCCCAGUUGUUUACAGAGUACAUGCUCAAGAGUGGUUCGCGGUGGAUCUUCACAUCGAAACUGAAUGGAUCAUCAACAGAGGGAGGAAGUGAAGUUUUCGAGGUCAAAUAUUUCAAGAGAAAUGCAUACCUGGCCCAGAGCCCCCAACUCCACAAACAGAUUUGUAUUGCGGGUGAUAUGGGAAGCGUCUUCGAAGUUGGUCCUGUUUUCCGUGCGGAAGAGAGUAAUACCCACCGCCAUUUAACCGAGUUUACCGGUCUUGAUUUCGAGAAAACUUUCGAGAACCAUUAUCACGAGGUUCUUGGAUUUGCAGAGGACAUGCUUGUUUUCAUUCUUACACAACUGAAGGAACGUUACCAGAAAGAAAUUGCCGUUAUUCAAAAGUCAUACCCGAAGGCGGGCGACUUCAAACUUCCUAAAGAUGGAAAGGCACUUCGGUUGAACUAUAUGGACGGCGUUGCAUUGCUAAAGGAAGCUGGAGUUGACACCUCUGAACAAGAGCGAUUCGAAAACGACUUUACCACUGCUAUGGAGAAACGGCUAGGACAGAUAAUCCGCGAUAAGUACGACACCGACUUUUACGUCCUCGACAAGUUCCCCAUGGCAGUUCGACCAUUCUACACCAAGGCAGACCCGGAGAAUCCUACCUUUUCAAACUCGUACGACUUCUUCAUGCGCGGUGAGGAAAUCAUGUCCGGAGCUCAGCGUAUCAACGAAGUCAAGGAGCUAGAAGAGAGCAUGUCUGCCAAAGGCCUUGACCCCACAGCAGACGGCUUUCAAGACUACCUCAAUGCUUUCCGACAAGGAUGUCCUCCACACGCUGGCGGUGGUCUAGGUCUGAAUCGUAUUGUGAUGUUCUUCCUGGGUCUGCCGAACAUUCGGUUGGCGACUUUGUUCCCCCGUGAUCCGCAACGCUUGAAGCCAUAA